AUGUCCACCAACGCCCCCGAAGCAAACGCAGAGCAGGCUCCGACCGCGCCCAACUCGCAAGAGGCUCCUGCCCCGGGCGCCGCUCCGGCUGGCGGUGCCCCGGCGGCAGCCCCAGCUGCUGCUGUUCCGGAGGCAGUCGCGCCUGGCCCCGAACCGAAGGCGAUCACUCGUAAGGACAUGUCUCUGCGCGAGUUUCUGACCAAGAUGGACGACUACGCUCCCAUUAUUCCUGAUGCGGUUACAAACUACUACAUGACCAAGGCCGGCCUCCCCCCUCCGCCGCAGACCGAUCCCCGCCUCGCGCGCCUGCUCGCUCUGGCGACGCAAAAGUUCAUCGCAGAUAUUGCCGCCGACGCGUACCAAUACAGCCGCAUCCGCGCGUCCAACUCCAACGCCAAUAACCCAAUGGGCAACCUCGGCGCCGCCGCCGGCUUCCCCAUCCCCGGCCAACCGACAGGCCCCGCUGGCGCAAAAGACCAGGGCCGCGGUGGCCCGUUGGGUAUUCAGCGUCCCGGCUACGGUGGCGGCGGUCAAGGAGGCAGCCAGAACCGCACGGUGUUGACGAUGGAGGACCUCGGUAUGGCCGUGGGCGAGUACGGUGUCAAUGUCAAGAGGAGCGAGUUCUACCGGUAG